UGAUCUUUGACAGUGACAGCAAAACAAAAAUAGUUCUAACCUAAAGUUGUUUUCAUCUAUGGUUCUAACCAGAUCUUCAACAUUUUGAUUGUUUUCUUUAAUAGUUUAUUGAUGAUUUAAACAAUGAUUGUGGACUUUAGUGACAAAAAUUACUUCAGCAGUCUCCUAAAGGAUGGGCUGAUCAGGUGCAUAUUUUUCUGUGAGUUCCAUCAUACAGCUGGACCGAUUAUCUCUUGCCAGGUGCCUGAAAACUUUGUUUCCAAAGAGUUAUUUGAUAGCAUUAGUGUCUACAUCAUCACCAAAGCUGAGCUACAAAGGAGCACCAUUACAGUGACAUUGGAAGACUGCAAAGUUUUGGGUUUCCCCAUCCGAAUAGACAACAAGAAAUAUGAGAGAAACGCAUUUCAUUUUAACUUGUGUUUUGUAUGCGACAGCGAAACACGCACUGUCCAGUACGAGCAUGUAGUGACAAAAUUUUCCGACUAUUUAAUGGCCAUGGAAAUUGAAAGCCGUUUUCUAUCAACUGGGAAGUCGAAUGAGAAAUUGACGCCGAUUUUGAAAACUGUUCUGGAAGACUUGAAUACGAAAGGUGAAUGUGCAUUGCUAGAAGGCCCCAUCGCGACUCACUUAAAAGUAUGCAGAAUUCGGAGCGAUCCCACUCCGGUUCUGGACCAUCAGGUGCCAGUUUUUAUGAAAGCUCUGCCGCCUCACCAAUGGGAUUUGACUACUCAGCAAGUGACUCCCUACAUUGACGGGUUCAAUCAUGUAGCUCGAAUUGCUGCUCUUUCUGAUGUCGACAACAACCUGGUUAAAGCGUGCGUUCAAAAUCUGGUUUACUAUGGAGUGGUAGCUCUUGUGCCUCUUUUCCAGUAUGGAAAUAUCUACUGUGCCACAUGGAAGUUAAGAUCCUUGGCACAAGACAGAGAAUUACAGAAACGUUGCUUGACUUACGUAUCGCGAACACAACGGCAAGUUCCUUGCCUGCGCGAUGUGUUUAGAACAUACGCUUCCAUGAGUAGAGGUACCACUAUUAGAGACUUGUGCACCCGCUUCAAUUUGGCUAAUAUGAGAAUUAAUGAGCGCAAACUGGUUCAGUUCGGAGUACUAGAGGGAUUGAUACGACGCAUUCAAAAGUAUCCGAUCCUUGUGGGCGAACAUACGGAAUUGCAGAAGACUUUCACUGGAACUUACAGUGUGGAUGAGAUCUGUUGUGCCACCGGAGUGACUUCUCAGCAGUUGGAAGAUCGGCUGGAGAGAGAUCACAUUGUGAUGUUGCUGUGCAAGUAGGGCGACUCGACUAAAGCUGAGAUUGCUGAUUUUUUUUGUGCUUUGCUGUAUAUGUAAGUACCUACUGUAUUACGGAACUCCCUGAAUUGGGAUUUGGACAAAUAUUUAUGAAUUGCUAUUGUUGUUCGCUUUAAGUCGCAAUAAAUAAAAUACUGACUAAAAGAACGA